GCCCGUCUACGUCUUAUUAGAAAUUCUUUGGCAUACUUCGACUGGAGUCUUAAUUUCACCUAAACUAUAAACGGUUUUAUAGUCACAACAUUUGGCCGGACUUCACUUAUGACAGCUGAAGCUACAAGCUGUUUUAAAGCGGCACAGGGAGACACUGCAGAGGCACUGAACUGGGAUCCACUGAGGAGGGACUCUACCCCUGACAUAAAUUAUUGUCCUCUACAUGACUGACAUGAAACUUCAACCUGAAGUAAACAGUCCAGAUGCAGAUGAGGCUCCAACUUACAGCCUACAGUCUGAAUCAGGGAACUUUGAAUGCAGUGUCUCUGGCUUGCGCUGGGUCUGUAAGGAGACGAUCAGCUUUAAGUACCAGUUUUGCUCUUGGGAAGGAAUUAUGGAGAGGAUGGAAAGCCUACAAUACAUACCUGCAGGUCCCCUUAUGGACAUCACAGUCAUUGCUGGGAAGUUAGAUGAAGCAUACCUGCCGCACUGGAUCUGCAUAGAUGACAACCCUAAAAUAUUAGACAAGUUUGCAGUCCUGCAUAUAGAUGACUGUGGAGAUGUUGUGGAAAAAGUGUCUGAAGUCACAUCGUCCCACGUCAAGCUGUCUGAACCCGUUUUCUCUCCAAGAGCGGUUCUGAUGAAAAUGGGCUUGCCUGUGAAAAUAGGCUGUCAAGUGUUAAUAUACUACAUACCCAACACAUCAUUCCUCAGACUGCAUGUUUACCUGAUCCCACAUGAUCAUGGUCUACAACAGAGAGUGGACAAAAAGAAGGAGAAAAAAGGAUACAAAAGAAUCGAAAAGCCACGCCCAGACAAGUACCUGAAAAUGCAGCAGGGUUUCAACCUCGCAGCAGACACAAACAUGGAAAUAACCCUCAGAUACGAUAGCCAAGAGCCAAAUUUCUAUGAAGUGAACAUUGAAAAUCCAGACACAAACUUCCAGCUUACACUCUCACCCCUUAACAAAAAGAAGAAGGGUAAACCACCAGUAUGGAAAUGUGAAAUUCAAAAAGUUGACUAUCAAGACUCUGCUGAUUCAGAAGAGACAUGUGGACAAUCCCACAUACAUGGUCUAAGUGACAAGAAACCCCCUCUGGAUGGCCGCCUAGCUGCACUGCUGGAGAAGGCAGCCACAGUCACAACGGAUAUAGAUAGGAUUUUGAUUAUGCUGCAAGAUUUGAAUCAACAAGAGUUCAAAGCAUUCAUAUGGAAACUGGAGAACAGUGACAUCGGGGAGGGCCGUGAACGCAUCCCAAGCAGCAAACUGGAGAACAGUGACAUGUUUGACCUGGUGAAUCAGAUGUGGAAGACCUACAUCCAGCAGUCUGUGGAGGUGACCAUGAAGGUUUUAAAGCAAAUAGACAGGAAUGAUCUGGUGCAGAUAUUGUCAGUCACCAGCUCAGGAUCCAAAGGGAAACUCUGUGGAUGAACAGCUGUCUGCACGGAUCCAGAAAGUGUCUGACUCUACACACAGCUUUCAUUCAAUGCAUACAUGGUUGAAAAUCCUUCUUGCAACUUGAGCUGAUAAAUUCUGAUUUAAAAAAAAAAUUCAUUCAAUUUUUUAUGGUGACAAACCAGUCACAGAACUGAGGCUGAAUUCAGGUGUGUAUCUUAAGCAACUACACUUAAAUACCUAAUACUUAAUUUUCUUCAAUAAUGUAACCGUAUUGCGAUUUCUAGCACAGAGGAACACAAGAGGAAAUGUACGUUUUUUAUUCAUGUCAGUCAAACUGAAUAUUGCAAGUUUUUAAAACAACUUUUAAAAUGAUUGUAACUAUUUUUAACAGGGUUCGUACGGGUGCUUUAAAUCCUUGAAAAUGCUUGAAUUCUGAUGUUGUGUUUUUAAGGUUUGAAAAGUGCUUGCAUUUUGGAUAAAAUGCUUGAAAUUGUAACUGUAUUUCUUUCACAACAAAUGCCUAACUUACUGAAUGGUUUAUUUAUUAAAUGGAGAAAUAAAAUGUUGGAGAGCAUUCAAAGAAUGUUGGCUGGAAGAUGAAAAAUACAAAUUAUGGAUUAAACAGGGACAAA